AUGAUUAUUCAUUCUGAUUACGCUCCACAGCAAGAGGGAAAGCAUAGAUAUCGCUUGUGGACUUAUACAUCAUUAAGAACAAACACCUAUCGAGGACAAGUUCUUCAAACCCAAGAAUACAUUCUGAUCUCGAUACAUAUAAGCUACCUUCUCGAUGCUCUUAGCGAAUGCGACCAGAAGGACCCCGGCAUCCGGGAUCUGAGAUUGCUAAUUUCCGAGACCCUCGGUAUCACGAACAAGGUCAAGUGGCUUCUAUCCAGUCGGCCCGAGGUCGACAUCUACGACAAGCCCAGAAUCAAGGCGGAGGCACUGGGGAGCGGAGGUGGAAAUCGACGUCCGAAGUCGACCGGAGCCAGUAAACGCCGACAUGUACACAAGCUCUCCGAGCUCGAGCGUGACAACGGAUACAAGAUGUUUUGGACGAGAUUCGUCUUCAAGGAUAGCCCUCGAAAACGAUCUGUCCGAAUACGAAGCUGUCGGCGUGUGAAAGCCAGCCCUCCUUUAGCGAGUCUUCAUGAACGCAUGAUGGCCAAGAUCGAGAGCCAAGGCGGACAUGGUGCAGAGGACUUCAGGGGAGUCCUGGCAGCUUCCCGUCUUGCGACUCGACGGCUGUCUUACGCGGGAUCCAUGUCCUUGCUGGCUUUGCCGGAUCGUGCGCGAUCGGAGCUCAUUGUUCGGAAAACGCGGCUCGUUUGUAACGUCAAGGACGAUGUGCUCCACCUGCUUCGCAACUCCACGAAAUUAUCUGCGCGGCUAUUUUGUGUCUGAAGGUGGAAUUGAUCACCUCAUAUCGACCUGGCGGACGGUCCAUCGAUGCUAUGUCCGAGAGUCCGAAGCAAAAUAUCAUGAUCUCCAUCCAGGUGUGGAGUCCAAGGACAUCGCGGUGACGGAGAAAGACUCCUUGCGUGUUGUGCGAUAUCCUUGAGUCUUAGGUGAAACAUCUGUGCGAGGUUGAGAAACAAGCAUGGGACCGA